AUGGCGAGUGCGCAAGACGAAACCGCAUUAGCCGAGUUGAAGAAGAAGAGAACUUUCCGUAAAUUCAGUUACCGCGGAGUGGAUCUUGAUCAGUUAUUGGACAUGAGCAGGGACCAACUGGCUAAGUUGCUGCCCUGCCGAGCACGAAGACGUCUGGCUCGUGGGUUGAAACGAAAACAUCUUGCUUUUCUAAAGCGACUUCGAAAGGCGAAAAAGAACGCACCAGUUUUGGAGAAACCAGCUACUAUUAAGACUCAUUUACGAGACAUGAUAGUUUUGCCGGAGAUGGUUGGGUCUAUGGUCGGCGUUUAUAAUGGCAAAGUUUUCAACCAGGUCGAAAUCAAGCCUGAAAUGAUUGGACACUAUCUUGGAGAGUUCUCAAUAUCUUACAAACCUGUGAAGCAUGGUCGCCCAGGUAUUGGUGCAACACAUUCUUCACGGUUUAUCCCUCUAAAAUAA